AUCGCCAUACUUUGUUCGUUGAGAUGGUCGUGGUCGUGGAUGGUACGUGAUUAAGCUGUUGUAGUUUUAGCAGUUUCGUGUUAUAUUCGUGAAGUGAUAUUUGUUUUUGUGAAGAUGGUUUAAAAUGUUCUCCCUGCGCAUUGUAAAUGUGGAUCAUUACAUGAGCCCACCGAAAUCGGGGCUGGACCUUACGUACUCUCAGUUCAGAGGAAAUCAAAUAAAAUCAGUGCCUGUUGUUCGAAUCUUUGGUUCAACACCCUCAGGUUGCAAAACAUGUCUCCACAUCCAUGGUGUGUUUCCGUACAUCCUUGUACCUUACAGUGGGACAGGAGAUGCCGGCCGUGCCAUGUACCAGUUAGCAUCCAGUCUUGAUAAGGCAAUCAAUGUGUCCACAGGUUCCUCUUAUUCAAAAAAACAACACGUGUUUAAAAUUGUACAGGUUUCUGGAAGACCAUUUUAUGGAUUUCACAGUCAAGAUCAUCAGUUCUUGAAAAUAUUUUUCUACAAUCCUUUGGUGGUGAAGAGAGCGUGUGACUUGUUACAGAAUGGAGCAAUAUGUGGGACACAAUUCCAGAUCCAUGAGGGUCAUGUGCCUUUUAUCUUACAGUUCUUCAUAGACUAUAAUCUGUACGGAAUGAGUUUUAUCAACCUGAAAAGUGUAAUACCUCGCAAAGACGCAGCUACAUCAGACCUAACUCCUGGGUCAUUAACCAAAGAAAGUUUUUGUGAGUUUGAAGCGGAUGCCAUGGCUGUUGAUAUUCUGAACAGGUUAACAGUUGAAGGAGAGUUAGCUGUAAAUCCAGGAUUAGCUGCAAUUUGGGAAGAGGAAAAAGAGCGUCUCCAGAAAGAUGCCUUGGAUUCGUCUCAGAGACCGACUCCACAGAGGACUAUGAGCGAGGUCUUGCUCAUGGAGAAACUCAAGGACAAUCUCAGGUUUCAGGGAACAUGUAGAGUUCAACUCCGAGAAACCAUACCGUAUCCAGCUGUGACCCAAAGAAGCACCGGCAGUGAGAUACUGGAUGCUUCGGUCUUAGACACUCACUCUCUAACAUCUCUUGUGCCCCAGAACACAACUAGAGAGGAAGUGGCUGUGAUAGAUGAAGAACUAGUGCUGAGUCUGACGGAACAAUCAUUUCUCUCAAAUUCUAUGGACCAUUCCAUGAUGUUGGCACUGGACACUCUGGCGGCACAAAAUGAGAACAUGGAUAGGGUGGUGUCACAGAAUGUGGACGAUGACAGCAUCUUGGGCUCACAGAUGUUGCCCGAGGAGACUAGAUGUGAUGGGAGUGCCUUAGUAGAGAAGGAAGAGGAGGGAGUAGAGUAUACUUUACCUUUUGAGCUGUCCUCUGACAGUGACUCGUUGGAAGAGAACGAUCAUAAUUCAGACGACAAUUUUGCUACAAAUAUUCCUCAGCUGGAUGGAAUUGGAGACGUCUUUGAGGAAAAUAAGAAGAGUGACACACAGAAAAGAGGAGCAUGUAAGAAAAAAAGGAAAGUGUUGAUUGAAAAUACAAAUGAAAACAGUGUGCCUUUUGAUAAUGAUGAAGUGUUGGGAAAUAAUAUGAAACACAGUGACUGUUGGCCUGGUUCUGUAAAAUCAGAAUGUAUGGAUGAAGUGUUUACUGACGGAUAUACGGAUAACAAUCCGUUGAGUAACUUUAGUGAAUACAGUAAUGCACCGAACGAUUCAAUCAACAUAGACUUUGUUCCCAGUUUCGAUGCUGUUUUGCGAGGUGACCCAUCCCUCACGUACGGUCAGGUGGCUUCCUCAGAAGACACAUUUUUACAAACUGCGGAAAACAGUUUCACAUCAGACCUAUCAUCGAUGUUCGGAAAAGACCAACUAUAUGUAGCCGUAAACAAGUUGGAUCUGUGUCUUAAUCCUGUGCCUUCGUUAAACAAUAAUGUAGAGUCCCCUUAUGCUACUGACAAGGCUAUGUCUGUGCUUUCAUUGAGCGAUGAAUUUUUAAAUACAUCACACCUAGAUGAGAUGUUUAAUGAUGAUUUGAAUAAAGGAUUGGACAUCAUAUGUGAAAGAAAUUCUCAGCUUGAAAUUGAGGAGAGUGAUUAUGAAGAAAGUGAAAUCAAAACUGAAAUAGAAAGGUUUGAAUCAGUACAAUGUGAAGACAAUAUGGAUAAUAUGAGUGAAGCAACUGAAAAAACCUCUCCUGAAGAAAUUGAAUUUGUUGAAGUUAAUACUACACCCAUCAAAAUUGAAGUCGAUGAAGGGAAAAAUGUGAAUGACAUUGAUAUGAAAGUUGAAUCUGAUAAGGAUUCAUCAAGUAUUAAUACUCCAACCAAAACAGAAAACAAUAAAUUGAAGGAGAAGAGAAGUUUCAAAUACAGCCCACAAAAGAAAAGGCUAUAUGUAAAAAUUUUGAAAGUGAUAAAAAGAAAUGUGAAUAAAAACAAUUGUUUAUUUGAAAUGAGCAGAUGUGAGAUAGAGAGAUAUUUCGAACAGCUGGAAUUUAUAGCAACAAAACUUAAGAAUAGAGACCCAAAUAGUUUGGAUCGUGUAAUUUUGACUCCCAUUAGAGAAAUAAAAAUCCAUGAAAAUGAAACCAUUCAAAAGAAGAAAAAGAAAAAUGCCAGACCGUCAAAAUUGGUAAAAUUAAUAAAGCAAUACAAUAGUUGUCUUUCAAUGAAAGAGAUACAAAGAUUGAUUUCUUGUUACGUGAAGUUAAAUAAAUUGCCCCUUGAAAAUUAUGAAUUUUCUUGUUCAAAGUAUGGUAAUACAAGUAAUGUCUCACAAAGCAAGAACAAAUCUAGGAAAAGUGUGCCCAGAAAGGAACAUCAGUUAAAUGUAAAGCAGGAUUCACAUGAUAAAACAAAGAAGAAUGGAGCUUAUAUCGACAGUGAUCAGAAUCGUGGUGAUUGCUGUCAACCGAGUUUCAGAAAACUGAACAGCAAGUCAAAUAAUAACAGGAGGGUACAAGAUAUUAGUAAAACUUCACCUGAUUCUCCAGUUAAAUUGGAACACAUAAAAAAGUCACGUGCAUAUAACAAAACAUGUAAUAUGAAAAAUAAGUUCAAGUCAGAAAUAAGUAAAGAAGAUAAAAAUCUGGAUAAAAUAUGUAAUAAAGUAAAAUGUUUAAGAAAAAAACAAAGCAAUACGCAAAACGAGACAGUUCCAAGUAUUAUUCAAUCUUUUAAUGAUGGUAAAGAUUUAUCAACAGAAACACUAUUGUCUCCUAGUAAGUUGAAAUCUGAGAUAAUUAAAAAUAAUCUUAUUUUUUCGAACUCUGCUGGAAAAUCAAAUCUGGAAAAGGAAACAGGUGUAAAGAGUGUAAAAUCUGAAGUGAUUUCAUCUGAAAAAAGUGACUUACAUUCUGCACCAUCCAUUAAAAUGGAGAAUUUAAUCUGCAAUAAACCGGUAGUUAUGUUGCAUAAAGACUGUGGUUUACUAAAAAAUGUGAAGCAAUCAAAACAUAGGAGUGAAAGAAAUGGAAUGAGCAACACAAAUAAAAGCAAUAAAAACACUGAGUUACAAAUAAAUUCACCAGGAAUAAAAUUAUUGUCAGAUGAGAUACCCAUAGAAGAGGCACAUGACAUUAAGAAAGAUGAUAAAACACAUCAUGUAAAUAUUAAAGAAGUCUCAAAUGAAAUUUCACAAGAAAUCACAAAUAACGUAGCAUCAAGGGAAAUACAUAAUUUAAAUAAUAUAAAUGAUGAAAACUCUUCUAGUUGUAACUCUAGAGUUACAAGGUUAGCAGUUAAAGAUAAUGACUUGUUCAAGACUGGUAAAUUACAAAAUAAAAAUGAAAGGCAUUUUGGAUGUAGAGAAAUCCAGAAGGUGAUAUUAGUAACUCUAAUAAACAUUCAGUUUGCAAGAAACCAGUAAACUAAAGGAAAAAUCAAAUCAACUACAGAAACGAAAAGUUCUCAAAUUUCAUUAGUUAAGGACCAGUUUAAUAGCAAAUAUAAAAAACUAAAAAGUAUUAACAAAGCAAAUCAAAAGGAGAAAGACAGAAGGACUGAAAAAAAUGAAAUACAAUUGACUGAAAACCCCAAUAAUGUGCAAAGUGAUAAUUGUUACCAAACCGUUUCUUUGAAGAACCACUCAUUGAUAUCAAGCAAUAAUAGAGAUAGCCUUAAUUCAAAGAAAACAGAAAACAAUCUUUAUCUGAAACCUGUAGUUGUCCUAGAUAAGGAUACAACAAAUAGAAUAUCAUCAAAGUCUGUAAAAUGUGUAAAAAAUAGUGUAAAUAAGGGAGCCUCUACUAGCCAUAAAUCUGGAGGUACAAGAGUUUCACUAAAAGAUAAUGACUCGCUCAUCAAGACUAGUAAAUUACGCAAAGAAAAGAAAAAUCAUUGUGGAUGUAGGUUUAUCCCAACAGAAAGUAUUAAUAAUUGUAAUAAAAAUUUAGUUUGUAAGGAACAAGAAAAAACUGCUGAAGGAAUUAAAUCAACAAUAGAAAGUAAAAGUUCCAAAAGUGCAUCAGUUAGGCAUCAGUGUAAUAAGAAAUCCAAAAAACCGAAAUUUGGAGAUAAAGAGUGUCUUAAGGAGGAAGACAAAAGAGGGGUGGAAGAAAAUGAAAUGAAAUUGAUUGAAAAUGAAAACAUCAGUAUUGUAGACAGUGAUAAAUGUUACAAAAAUGUCCCCUUGAAGAACAAUUUAUUGUUAUCAAGCGCUACUGAAGAAAAAACAGAACACAAUCUCGAUUUGAAGCCUGUAGUUGUCCUAGGAAAAGAUACUGCUUUUGAAGUGUUAAAUGCACCAUCAGCAACACAAAAAGAAAACAGGGACCAAAACGUCAGUUCAAGAGUAUGCAUGGAGAAAAUAAGUAGUGUGUCAAAUAUAAUGAGUGAAUGUAACGUAAAAAGUGGCUAUGCAGUGUCCUCAUACAGUCAGUUGAAGACAAAUAAAGGUAGAAAGAGAUCGUCAAGUCUAGAAUUUGUGAAGCCACCAGUUAAGUUGUUACGCAACAGUAUAAACACACACAGAAGGAGGUCAUUGAGAGUGUAUUCGCUUGACGGCACUGUGGAUAGCUCGUCUUCAGACGAGAGUGAGAGCAAUAGAAUUGAAGUAAGCCAAGUUGCGGCACUAAGCACUCCUAAUCGGAAAAGACAUGCAAAAAACAACAGAUCGCCAAAAACAAGUUAUGUUCCUUUAAAUAUUGAAAUCAAGAGGUCACCUAAAGUGAAUAUUAAACAAAAAGCUGAAAGCAAUUUUCUAGAUAAUGUUCCCAAAUUUGAUUUACAAAGUAAAUUGUUACCUGAAGAAGAUAAAAAUCUCGCUAAGGAAAUUUCAUCUAAUAAAAUUAAUGAAGGCCUUACUGAAAAGGAAAUGAGUUUAAAGCCUUUUAUAAAGCUGCAAAAGGUAUCUUUACCUUUAGAACUACCUUUGCCUUCAACAUCAGGAUCUAAUUUUUCAUGUAAAAAUGAGUCUUCAACGGUAACAGGGGAGAUGGCAAACAAUGAUCUGAGACAAAACGCUGUUCACCCGCUGGUAAAAAGAUUGAAAGUGUCCAUUCGCCGAUUGUCAGAAGACACACUAGGGGAUUCAGCAGCAAGUGGAGAACUCAACAGGCUUGAAAAAAGAUCCCACCGAAGUUUGAGUUUGCCUAUAACUGAAAAGGAGAAAACACUUUCCACUGGUAAACCAAAUAAUCCUGGGGAUGGUAUUGCUGAUGGUAAUGAAAUAAAAUCAUUUGAUUGUGCUACCAAAGGAAAAAGAGUCCGGAAAGUGUUGCUGUUUGGUGAGAACAGCAACUGUUCAAGCUCAGCGAGUGAGACAUUGAAGAUUUCUCGUAAUAAAUUUGUUAAAAAAAUGCCACCUCGUAAGUCAAGCUUGGAUAUGUUUGAAUUGAACAGCACUUCGGAAAACAGUGUGUCAGGAAAUAGUGAGACAGUCGUAAGUUUAGGCUGUGACAGUGUAACUCCUACGCUUUCAAGGUUAUCAGGAGUGUCUGUCCAAGAAGUAUCCGAGUUUGAAGAAGAAGAAGCAACGAUGAGCUCCAACCCACCAGACGAUAGUCAGUGGGCAAUAUUUUCACAGAGAAUCGCAAAUGAUGCCACUUUAACACCGGAGAGAAACUCUCUCAGUUUGUCAAAUUCAGUUUGGUUAACACCAGCUGAAGAACCUCCCUCGUGUGCUGAGGUGAUGUUGAAACUGGGAGAACUGGGCUUGCCAGAGGUUGUAAACGAAAUACCAUUCUACAGUGAGCCUGCAGACGUGGCAAAGUCGAGUGAGGUCGGGACCACCGUACUGAAGCUGAAGAGCAAAUCAGUUGCUCAUUUAGAAGAGUUUGAAGGCACUUUUAACUGUCUGUCAAAAUUAAUAAAAAGUGCUAAGAAGUUAUCCGCAGGAAGUUUCUUACAAACACAUUUAUUGUUGACACCAUUAAGAGAUCCUCCAAGCUCAGCACAAGCCAAAGAAUGGUUGAAGACAAAACUUUUGAUACCGGAAGACAAAGUGAUGGAGCACAAAAAAAUCACAAAAAUAGUCCUUCCUUCCAGUCCUGGUUGCUCCGAUAAAGAUGAUGACAGUAUGAGUGGUAGCAUGACAUUAUCACAGUGUACCCCACUUUCCAAACCCUCCAGUGAGGUAGAUGUAAAUGUUAGUUUCCGAAGCACUCCAGAAUCUACAUCUAACGACUCAAAAAUAAGUCCGCUUAUGGCCAGUACACCGGUUAACCCCGGAAACCAACCAGGAACUUCCAAGAAAAGAUUUUCUAGGGUCUCGUCAGCAUAUAAGAGAUCCUUGCCUUUGAUAAAGGAAGAAGAACAAGAUGAUCAACAAAACGAUCUUCUUAAAGACACCAGUCCUCAGGCUGGAUCAGUAACGCAGGCAGUGAAGAAGCUCUCUAACUCAAGAAUAAAACAAUUACUUUCGGAGUCCAAAAGUCCAGCUUCAAUAAGUUGUCAGAUAGAUACGGUAACGCCCAACAACUCCGGAAAUUAUCGAAUGGAACUAGAGAAUCUGCAAGAUGUUAAACUUAACCAUGAACAUCAACACUUGACAAUAAUGACAAUGGAACUCCAUGUCCACACAAGAGGAGAACUCAGACCCAACCCUGACCAAGACGCUGUCUGCUGCAUAUUUUACAACGUCACCAAUGACUGUCCAGACCCUUUGAUUUCACACAUUAAAGGAGUGAUUUAUGUGAGUGAAGAUGGAACAGAGGAAAAGAUGCCCCAUCUCCAGUCUCAUCUACAGGCUGUUCCGAAUGAACAGUCUCUGAUAGCUGCCUUUGUUGCUCUUGUACGCAAGUGGGAUCCAGACAUAUUUGUUGGUUAUGAGAUUGAACAGCUGUCUUGGGGCUACCUACUACAACGUGCCUACGUACUCAAUAUCAACUUGACAGUCGAGCUGUCUCGAGUCAGAGUCCUGACGUCCACGGAUAGUGGGACUAAAGAGAUAAAUGAUGAUGACUCGGAGAUUCGUCUCACUGGAAGGAUUGUGCUUAAUCUCUGGAGAUUCUUGAGACAUGAGGUCGCCCUACAGAGUUACACGUUUGAAAACAUCGCUUAUCACAUUCUUCACCAGCGAAUUCCUCUGUUUUCUUUCCGUAUUCUGACAAACUGGUGGGCCCACCGGACAAAAAUGUACAGGUGGCAAGUGUUUGAGCAUUACCUCACACGUGUGGAAGGCAUUGUGAAGAUAAUGCAGCAGUUGGAUCUUGUCGGCAGAACCAGUGAAUUCGCUCGACUAUUUGGAAUCCAAUUCUACGAGGUUUUAUCACGAGGUUCUCAGUUUCGGGUGGAGUCCAUGAUGCUGCGACUGGUGAAGCCACUGAACUAUGUGGCAGUGUCGCCCAGUAUGCAGCAGAGAGCCAGGAUGAGAGCACCGGAGAGUCUGCCUCUCAUUAUGGAACCUGAGUCCAGAUUCUACACUGACCCUGUGAUUGUUUUGGAUUUUCAGAGUUUGUACCCUUCAAUCAUAAUCGCUUACAACUACUGUUUCUCUACGUGUAUGGGCAGAAUCGAACAUUUGGGAAGAUCUGAACUAUUUGAAUUUGGAUGCACUCAAUUGAGGGUUCCAAUAGAUGAGCUCAGCCGUCACAAGGACAACCUCAACUUCUCCCCCUGCGGUGUAGCGUUUGUCAAUCAGUCAGUGGUGAAGGGGGUGCUGCCUCGCAUGCUGGAGGAAAUCCUCAAUACUCGUCUUAUGGUGAAACAGUCGAUGAAAGAGAAGAAAGACAACAAAACACUGCAAAGAGUGUUGCAUGCCAGACAGCUGGGGCUCAAACUCAUUGCAAAUGUCACGUACGGGUACACGGCAGCUAACUUUUCUGGAAGAAUGCCUUGCAUUGAGGUGGGAGACAGCGUGGUGAGCAAAGCUCGGGAAACAUUGGAGCGGGCAAUCAGCUUAGUGGGGAGGACCACCCGGUGGGGUGCCAGAGUUAUCUACGGAGACACGGAUUCCAUGUUUGUGCUGGUACCGGGAAAGUCCAGGGAAGAGGCAUUCCGGAUAGGUGCUGAGAUUGCGGAGGCAGUUACAAAUGACAAUCCGAAACCUGUGAAACUUAAAUUAGAGAAAGUGUAUCAGCCUUGCUUACUGCAGACUAAGAAAAGAUAUGUGGGCUACAUGUAUGAGAGUCCCAGCCAAGACAAACCGGUUUAUGAUGCGAAAGGCAUUGAGACAGUCCGGAGAGAUGGAUGUCCAGCUGUUGCCAAGAUAUUGGAGAAGACGCUGCGGAUCCUCUUCGAGACCAAGGAUGUGAGCUUGGUGAAACGCUACGUGUGUCGACAGUUUGGCAAAGUGUUGUCCGGCCGCAUCAGUAUCCAGGAGCUGACGUUUGCCCGAGAGUACCGGGGAGCUGCUGGAUACAGGCCCGGAGCUUGUGUUCCUGCUCUUGAGUUGGCCAAGCAGUGGCGGACUGUGGAUCCACGCCUGGAGCCAAGAGUAGGCCAGAGAGUGCCAUAUGUUAUUGUGGCGGGGCCCCCGGGUCUUCCACUCAUCAGACUGGUGCGCAGCCCCGCCACUCUGCUAGCAGACGACAGCCUCAAGAUAAAUGCUGAGUAUUACAUCUCCCGAGUUAUCAUUCCUCCUCUGGACAGGUGCUUCUCCCUCAUUGGAGCCAACAUUCCCAUGUGGUACUCUGAGAUGCCGAGGAGGCAACAACACUUGUACCUGCACUCAACCAGCAGUGAGGGAGGAAGGAAGGCAACCAUCUCACAGUACUUUGUAACAAUGAAUUGUAGGUACUCUGAGAUGCCGAGGAGGCAACAACACUUGUACCUGCACUCAACCAGCAGUGAGGGAGGAAGGAAGGCAACCAUCUCACAGUACUUUGUGACUUGUAACUGUGCUGUGUGCGAGAGUGUAACAACGAGUGGUGUGUGUCCCACAUGUCAGCAGCAGCCACAGCGCCUCGCCACAACUCUUGCUGACAAAGUGCAAGUUUGGGAACGCAAGGUCGCUCUCGUUAAUAAGAUAUGUCAGUCGUGUUGUGGCCGCCCCAGUGAGAUCGACUGUUCUUCUCUCGACUGCCCAGUCCUUUACCGCCGCCACCAGGCUUUGAAGGACCUUAGGCAAGCCGACUACAUCCGUGACCUUCAACGGCAAUACUUGUCUUUUUAGUUCUCAAUUAUUCUCUACACUUAUAUUGUUACCUACUUUUAUUUACUGUUAUGUUUUAUAGUAUUUAUAUUUUUUACAAAAAGUUCAAGCAGAUGUAAAUAGUAUAUUUUUAUUUAUAAAGGCAAUAGCGUGUCAAUUAUAAAAAAACACGUAUAUUUUGUAAUCUGUUGUAUAGACAGGAAUAUAUUUAAUUUACAUAUACUUUUUUAUCCUAAAUAUGUUUUAAGUAGGCUAUUUUGUUUAAAAAUCAGGAAUAUACUUUUAGUUAAGCUCCUAUCUAUGUUACCUUAUAUGAUGUAGGAAAAGAUUACAGUGUAUAAUGUUGUAUAUUUUUAUAAAUGUAAUUUAACAAUAAAUUUAAAUAAUUACAUAACUCUUGAA